CGUUAUAGCAAUGAAAGAAGCUCCUCCCCAUUUACACCACUUCAAUAGUUCAAUUGCACUGAGAAAAAUCAGCUUAAUUUUCGGCUUUCUUCUACUUCUCCCCUCAUUUUAGAUAAUGGCAGAUUUCUCUUUUCUUUCUGAUGAUAGCGACAAUGAAAAAGCAGUAAAUGAACUCCUUUCUCAAGCGAUGGACCAAUCUGUUCUUGAACAAGUUGCUGCUAUAAACUGCUCUGGCUUUAAUGACUCUCUCCUCCCCACUCAGCUUGAAACUCGCUUUCGCAAACUCAAAUCACUUCCAACAACAUCCUCAAAACCCUAUACUCUCACAAAAAGUUCUAGAAGUUUCUGUUCCUCGGAGUUCCCAAAAACCAAGAAAAGUUAUGAUGAUGACGACAAUGAGAAAAUUGAAGGAACCCCAGUUCAGGAAAAGGGUUCAGAAGUGAAUUUGGGGCAUGGGUUUGUUCAAGAAAAUGUUAAAAAUGAUGUUUAUACAAAAACCCCAGUUGAGGAAAAGGGUUUUGAGGUGAAUUUGGAACAUGAAUUUGUUAAAAAACAAACAAAAUCAAAGGUUCAUUCGAAUAAAGAUGAUGCUUUUACAAAAUCCGCAGAUGGAAAAAAGGGGAAAAAGUCAGAAUCUUUGUCCGGUUCAAUGUCAUCAGAUUCUUGGGAAUUUUCAAAGGAUUGUUUGUCUCCACCAAUGAAAACUGGGUGCUUUUGGUGUUCACCUAUGAAGAAGGGGUCUAAUAAAAAGGGGAAAGAGAAUCGGGGUAUGAAAUGGGGGAAGAAUGAUGAUGAUGAUGAGUUUUUAUCGGAUUUGAGUGCGUUUUCGUUGAAAAAUCAAGAGAAGUUGAUGAAGAAAGCUAUGAUGGAGCAAGAAAAGAUUAAUAGAGAAGCUGAAAAGAUUGUUAAGUGGGCGAAGCAAGCAUCUGCUAGAUUGGAUAUUUCUAGCAUUGAAGAUGAGCUCAGUGAUGAUGACACUUUCAAAUGAUUUGUGAUGAAUUCACUAUUAUACUGCUAUACUAGUAGGUAAAAAAAAAACUCUGUUUCAAUGGCUGCUUAUAUAAAUAUAGUUCUCUGUUUCGAUCUGCUUUGAAGUCAACUGUAUGUAGUUUGUGUUGAGAUUUAGAAGUUUACUGUUAGUACUAUAUGAAAAGGUUUAUACAACUUUUGGAUUACUAUAAUUUGGGGGAAAAUAGGAAAUGGUAUAUGAUCUUUAUGUUCCAGGUGCAAUUUCAGUUAUUGAUGCCUUAGAUUUUGUGAGAGAUGUUACCAAUACAUCCAUUUCAUUCUAAAUAUGUUGCCAAAUUGUUAUGAUUUCCCAUUUGAAGAAUUGUGAGGGCCUGAAAA